AUGAAUCAGAACAAGUGGGUAUUCACCAAUGAAAGCUCCUGCUCCAAUACGUCUGUUAGUCUAUAAGGUGCCACAGGACUCUUUGCUGUUUUUAUCAGUAUAGUUGACUCCCCAGGAGUAUAUGGCAGCCAGGAAGCUACUCUACGUAUUGGUACCGGGGUCUUGCUGCAACACAUUAUUCUCUCGGUGAUAACCACUGUUCCGCCAACUUCAAUGGGUGCAUAUCUGGAAGAGAUUCAGACCCAAGCACUAUUGUCAAGUUAACUGGGCUGUCAUCAGUUCUACAACUGCCACAGCCUACCUGCAUUAGGAAGGGUUCUAGUCCAUGCUAAACUUGUGUGCCAGUCUGCAAGUUCAUGCAAGGGUAAUAAGAAAUCUUGUCUGAGGCAGUUAGGGCAUGUGGCAUCCUGAACUUAACGUGACUCAGCAUGCUAGACUUCACUUAUAGUGUAUGCAGAGCUGGUGGAUGAUGUGUAUAUUGACCAAACAAGCACCCUCUGGACAUCCUGAUUCAUUUACUUGCUCAAGUUCUAUCAUCCAUAUGCAGAACAUUUGCUGUGGGGUACUUUAUACUGCUCUUCUUCCAGCUAUAUGGUUCAUCAAAGAAUCAGCCGUCCAUAUAAACUUCUUGGAUUUAAGCGGCAUACACAGAGCAUGCAAAUUUUUCUCACCUCUGUCAAGUGCCUGAUGAUACUAGUGAUAAAGACAAGGUGAAUGAGGCAGUACCUUUUAUUGGACCAACUUCUGUUGGUAGAAGAGACAAGCUUUUGAGCUACACAGAACUCUUCAGGUCUGGGUGAUGGACAACACAACUACAAUGUUGUACCUCAACAAACAGGGCGGAACAAGGUCCAGUCCUCUAUGUCAAGAGAUGGUACAACUCUGGAACUUCUGCAUUUUGAAGGUGCAGUGCCCUCAAAACCCAUUACCUUCCUGGGGUGCAGAAUGUUCUCACAGAUCACCUCAACAGGAGGUCCCUGGAAAAUCACAAGUGGUCACUGAAAAACAACAUAGUGCGUCUAAUAGUCCAGAAAUGGGGAUAUUCCAGUGUCACUCUUUUCACAACCAGACAAAACUGAAAAUGUCACUGUUUGUUUAUUUCAGGGCCAGUCAGAGUCCAGGUUCUAUCACAAAUACAUUGUGGUCAGUACUGCAAAUAAACAUACGUUGUGAGAUGCACAGUACAUAAUGACCACCCAGAGAGAGUGGCAUCUACUAGCCCCUGCUUGAACAGAACCUUCACAUCACCUUCUGGUGACCGGCCUUUAACUUCAAGGCUUUAAGAACAUAAUUUCCAGUAGGGAUAAAUAGAUUCUUAAAUAUUAUCCAUAAGUACAUUUCACAAUAAUUAUGACAACCAAUAAGCUACUGGCUCUCAGAAGAGACCUUACAUUCCACCCUUUGGUAUGUAGAUACUUUGACCCAGGCAAUCUUUGUAAACCCAUAUGUGCCCUUAUGCCAUCUGCCAGCUGGCACCACAGAGUCCAUGAGUCACAGUUGUCUAUUCACACAUUUGUUGAACAUUAUUUCAUCACAGUAGCUUCCACAGCUGAUGCAGGCUUUGAGAAAUAUGUUCUUCAGUUUUUGUUUUAGUAGACUCCAAAUUCCCACCACCUAAGGAAUUCUUCUGGGUAAUCACCUGAAUUGGAAUAAAUAUAUGUGCCCAAGCACUCCAGAAAGAAGAAACCAUUCCUUACCUGUACAGUAACUAUGGUUCUUCAAGAGUUAUAGUGCAUAUAUAUAUUCCAUGAGUCAUCCUCUUUCCCCACUACUUCAGAGUCUAAUGUCACAGAGAUUCUGGUGCACAGGAACUGAGAGGGCUUUGUGCCCUGACUUGGAGACACAAGGACCCUCAGGGUGCAUGUGCCAUCCCAAUGGGUAUUGCUGACUAAAAGUCUCUGUCUCAAGUGCACACACACACCUGAAGUAGAAUACAUAUCUGGCCAAUGCAUGUCUAAGGACAACAGUUACUGUACAGGUAAGUAAUUGUUCUUAUUGCAAAUUUUAUAUCUAUAGUCCUCCAGUACUCUCUGCUUUGAAGCAAAUAAAGUUCAAAUAUUUGAUUUCUUAAACAGUUCUAUUUUAGAUAUUCCUUUCAAUUUUAUUUUUUGGUGAUACUGCCAUUGGUAACUUUUUGAAAGAGUGGAAAAGGUAGCUAUAAUUCAUUAGUCAUUUACUGUUUAUAUUUGUUAUAGACAAGAUGCAUACUGGUCCUGAGAUACCCUUACCUAUUCUAAAUUGCUCAGCAAGUGAUAUACUGGGAGACUCAAUCUGUGCCAUAAUCUCAUUAGAUUAUGAUAGUAUGUUAACUGUGUGUGAAAGGCUAAGUGGAAAAUUACUUCCAAAGACACUUCGACAGUUUAUCUGGACUGAUAAACUUCUAAAAGCGGAUGCAAAAGUUGACAAGUUGAAAGAAUAAUAAUUCUCGAGAGAGAAACUAGAGUGAAGUUUGGACGAACAGCGGAGCACCAAAUUGCCAAACUGAAAAUUAGAAGUGCCACCCGAUCACCAAUUUCAGUCCUUAUUGAAAAUGCAGUUGUGGAGAAAUAUGAAAAGACACCCUGCAUGCAUUUUUUUUGCCACAAAUGAACAAAUGAUUUCAGAGACCAGCAAAACCCUAAAUGUCCUCUAUGUUUUCAAUGGCACAUAUGAACCCUACUUAAUCUAUUGGCUUUUUCCUUUGCAAAUGGCAUUGAAGCAAAUAAUGCCUACAGCUGAACAUCCCUAUGAAUUGGCUAUGUACCUACAUUUCCUACAUCAAAACUUAUUCCCAUCAUGGACAGAGAUCUUUGCAAUGGCUGAGUGGAUGAUGAGCCUUCUGGAGAGAGAGGAUACUGAAUUCUUCACUCAUCUUCAGCAGUGUUUCAGAAAGAAUUGUGCAGUUGACCUAAAAGAUUUCCUGGUGGAGUUGAUAGUUCGAGAAAGAGAGAAAGCUCAAGAACUCUACACCGCCACAGACAGAUCUGAGCAAAACAAACAUCUAACCAAGGAAUUACUGGCAAGCCCAGUCAUUUUCCUCAGAAAGUGGAUGAGUGAAGGCUUUGUGAGUAUACUGGAUUUUCCUGCAGUGUUCUUGAUUUGGGAUCAAUUGUACAUGCAAGAUUGGAAUCAAAAGGUGAUGGAGAAUUUCUGUCUCUCAAUCCUUAUGCUAUUAAAGGAUUCACUAAUGGCUGCCAAUGAUUAUCCAGCUAUAAGAGAGGUGUUUUUGUUCUAUGGUUGUCAUCUUCUUACAGCUGAUAUUCAAAGGGCCUGGAUUCAUCUUCAGCAAGGUGGUUUACCAUUUGACAUCCCUGGGCUUAGCAGACAAAAUCAAAGGCCGCUUGCUGAUCUGUCUCCAAGGCUCAGUUCAAUGGAAGCAAGAAGAAAGCAAUUUUUGUUCUUUAAUUUAAUAGCUGGAAAGGUUUCGCUUGGCUUCCAGGACCUCUUGCAAGUUGAAGUGAAGGAUGUUUUACUGAAGCUAGUUUUACCAGUACCACAGGUUGAUAUAUCACACAUUGAAACUUGGUUGAAAGAAUUUGACCCUCUUGCUGUGGAGUUAACAGUUUCAGUAUUUUAUGGCCUUGAAAAACUGUGUUCCAAGACUAGCUCUUUUAAACCCUCUCUUCUACAGAAAACCAAAGGAAAAACAGAAAAAAAAAGUGAAACCACUGAAUUUAUUGUUCAGUUCAAUGACUCACUGACUCUCGGAUGGCAAAUGGUGGAUAUAUUUCAGCAAGAAACUACAAAUAUUAGAGCUAUCUGGACACCUAAAGAGUUUUCUACAGUUGUUCCACUGCAUCCUGGGAAACUUCCUUAUAACAUUAUGGAUUAUACUUUGAAGCAUGUCUCAAAAGACUUGGCCCAGGGUCAUUCAAAUAUCCAGUUAAUUGUUUGUGAUACAUCCAAGGAAAGAAAUAGAGAAACAACCAAAUGAGAAGAAUAAGGCUUCAAGAAUCUGACUUUCUGUAUGUACCUUGGAUUCCAUAUAAUUCCGCUCCCAUAUUACCAAGUCCUACAUCAUUAAACUGUCCAUUUGAUCUAUAUAUAGAUGCACUCCAUUAUAUUCCUGAUAAUGCAACAAUAACAAAGGAAACUCUGUGAUUCGUGUGUUUAAUGAUGAUGGGAAGCUAAAUGUAGGAGGAUUUCAAUUAAGACUUAGAGGAGGGAUGCCAACGAAGGAACCAGCAGCUUUUACACCAUCUGCAUUAAAUCAGUAUCCAGUCAUUCCCUGCUGCACUAUACUACUUUGAUUGUUACCACAC